GUUUCGAAAAUGUUCCAUUUCGGGCAUUACCUGAAUACCUGUUCUGUGUUUUGUGUCGUACCUUAUUUUAAUAUAAUAUAAUAUAUGCAAAGGUGCAAUUGCUAGUAAUUAAGUGUAAGAGAAUAUAUGGGACUUUCUAGCACCUGCUUGCAGCAUCUCAAUGGUUCACAAGGUUCGGCAUGGCACCUACUAGACAAUUCUUCAAGCCCAGAUCUCCGUGAUUAUCUAAUUCCGUAUGGCUGAGGGGAUAAUCUGUGAUCUCCGGCUUGUGAACUAAGAUGAUGAAUACAAUUAACAGCAAGUUACCAGUUAUAAGUUCUGCUAAUUAAGGUCCUAAGGCCCGGUUACUGUGCCGUCUGAAAAUGCUUCCUCAGAAUGGAUUGGGUAUCAUUGCAACCCACAAAUGGGCUCAAUUGGGCUCGUCUGGGCUUAGAAUGGGCCGAGAGGAUCCAGACCCAACUUCUUUUAGGUGUGGGAUCUCUGGUGCUGUGACAUUCAACCAAUCAGAGAAUGCAACGUUCCAAAACAUCAAUUCAGCUUCACAUGUCUUGGUGCUACCUCAUCACCUUUAUUUAUUGCCCACUUAUUUCCCUCUAACCAAUCCAACACCAACACCAACACCAAGAACCAGUGUGUUAGUGUAGUAGUAACUAUAGUUGCUUGCUCUGAGAUUUGAGAACUGAGAAGGAAGCUGAAAUAGCAGCUAUUUUGGUUUAGGCCCUUGUGUUUUUUUCUUUUGGCAGAAACACAUACAUACAUGGAGACUGUUAUUUCCAACCAAUCCCCACCAACUAUCCUCAAGAGUGUGAAGGACAAAGAGGAGGAGGAAUCAUUGCUUGGACAAGCGGAGAUAUGGAAGUACAUGACAUGCUUUACCGACUCCUUUGCCCUAAAAUGCGCCGUUGAACUCCGCAUCGCCGACAUCAUAGACCGCUACGGCAAGCCCAUCUCCCUCUCCAAGAUCAUCGACAACAUCGAGGACGCCCCGUCCCCGGACGCCUCUCUCCUCCUUCGCAUCAUGAGAGUCCUUGUCCGCAAGAAGAUUUUCUCCGCCGAGAAGUCCGACAACGGAGAGAUCCUCUACGGCCUGACACGCGCUUCCAAGUGGAUCCUGCAAGACACCAAGAUGACCCUCGCACCAAUGUUGCUCUUAGAGAACCACCCUCUUCACCUCAACCCUGCACACUUCAUCAGUGAUAUCAUCAGGGAAGGAACUGACAAGGGAACCGCCUUCUUCAGGUGCCAUGGACACGAGCAGUUUGACUUGACGGGAUUGGACCCAGAGUACAACAAGUUGUUCAAUGAAGGUAUGGUGUGCACGGCAAGGAUGGUGAUAAAGGCUGUGAUCGAAGGGUACAAAGAAGGAUUCAACAAGAUUGAGUCACUAGUUGACGUGGGUGGUGGACUUGGUGGUUCACUCUCUGAAAUUGUAAGGGCUUACCCUCACAUCAAGGGUAUCAACUUCGACUUGCCGCAUGUUGUUGCCACCGCCCCUCAGUACGACGGGAUCACUCACGUUGGAGGUGACAUGUUCGUCUCUGUUCCCAAAGCCGAUGCCAUUUACAUGAAGUGGAUUCUGCAUGAUUGGAGUGACCAACACUGCAUAAAGAUCUUGAAGAACUGCAGGAAGGCAAUACCAGAGAACGGGAAGGUGAUAAUUGUGGACCACGUUCUGCAGCCAGAAGGAAACGAUCUAUUCGACGACACCGGCUUCGCUUUCGACAUGAUGCUUCUUGCACACAAUGCCGGAGGAAAGGAAAGGACUGAGGAGAAUUGGAAAUGGCUGUUUGCUGAAACUGGAUUCCCUCGUUACAACAUCAUCAAGAUCAAGGCCCUUCCAUCUAUCAUUGAGGCCUUCCCAAAUUAAUCAUGGUUGCUUGCUUGUGUGCUACUUACUAUCUUUUCAUUUGGUGUGGUUUUGAUUAACGGCAAUGAGCUUUGCAGUUUGCACUAUGUUAUUAUUAUCUGUGCAAUGCAACUCUGUUAUCUUGUAUCACAAGUUUGAAUAAGAACACAUCCAUCCACUUUUGCUUGAGCUUGGAUUUUAUGGACUGAUUGAUCAUCAUCAGACCCAUUUAAGUUAGCCAGCUUUGUGGGGUGUGAAUUUAUGUGAAGAAUCUAUUGCUGUUAAUUAAUGAAUAACAAUUAAUUGGUGUGCAACUUUUUCUUUUA